AUGCCCCGCCUCGACGAAAACACACAGCAGUACCUCCAGGAUGCCGAGCAGGGCGUGCGCGCCCACACGUCUCGCGUGUGGGAUAGCUUCACCAACUUCGCGCUGCGCGACAACGUGCUUGAGGUCGCUGUUGGGUUAAUCCUCGCCGCCUCCUUCACCGCCUGCGCAAACUCUCUCGUGACCGACAUCCUGCUCCCCCUCAUCUCCCUCCUGCCCUUCCUCGCGCGCAACCUCGACGAGAAAUUCGCAACGCUCAAGCAUGGCCCCAACUACAACUCCACCAUCUCCAACGGAUACAACACCAAGGGCCAGGCGCUCUCUGACGGCGCGAUCGUCUUCGCUUACGGCAACUUUCUCGAUAAAAUCGUAAGGUUUGUGUUGAUUGCAGUUAGUCUGUGGAUCAUUGCGAGUCUGUACAGUAGAAGCAGCGGCGACAACAUAGUAAAGAAGCAAAUCAAGUGCAAGUACUGUCGGAAGUGGAAGAGUGAGAAGGCGAAGCGGUGUGUCAACUGUACGAGUUGGAUGGAUGGGAGGGAGGAGAGGUAA